UUCUUGUGUUUGGAGUCCGGCGAGCGAGGAACCCUAAGAAGCCUAACGAGGAAGAACUCCUAGAAAUCUACCAAAAUUUCUCUCUUUCCCAACUCAUCGCAGCCAAGAAGCGUAGGCAGCGACGAUGGCGGCGCUUCUUCGACUCGGGGCGGCGAGGAGGCUCGGUGGCUCUGUGGUCCAGCGAGCGGAGGCGACGGUUGCGGAAGGGCGACGCCGGCUCGGGCCAAGGCUCGUGCACACCGAGGAGGGUAAGAAGAGUCUCAAGGAUGACCAAGCCACUCCAAAACGAGAUGGCUUUGACUGGCGCCAGAUUCCGAGUGCUCUGGGAACGCUCGGUAACAAUGUGAUCAAGGGAGGUCUGUUUAUCGCAGUGGCCUCUGAAAUUGACUUCUAUUGGCUUUUUGGCAUGGAACGUCCUGAAAAGAAAAAGGCAGCCUAGACCGAGAAGAAGAAGAACAUGCUAUGCUUUUGAUAUGCAUCACUAUAUCAACUUGUUAUCCAUCACUUUGUAAUCACUAUUCUAGGAAUGCGAACCUUGGUAUCACUCAUGGACUGUAUGUAUGAUCUUUCGUGACAUGGUAUGUUAUCACAUCAUAUCUAAUUGAUGAGCUGAGUGCAUGAA